CCCGUACCUGUCCCGGAAGGUGCGCACCAGCAGCCAGACGACGAGCGGCAGGUUGUCCCGCUCGUUGUAGGUGGGCAGCAGCACGGACAGGCGCUCGGGGCGCGGCGCCGCCAUGUCGGCAGUGACGCGGGCCCGGCGGAAGCGCCGCCGCGCCGGGCGGGGCGGGGCGGGCGGAGGAAGCGGCGCGGCCAUGGCGGGCGCGGGGGCGGCGCGGCUGCGGGCCGAGAUCCGCCGGCGGGAGCGGGAGCUGCGCGGGCUGCGGGACCGCCUGCAGGCUGAGCUGGCGCGGGGGGACACCGCCGAGCAGCAGCAGGACGAGGAGGAGGAGGAUGGAGCCCGCGGGCCGCGGGAGCGGCUGGCGGCCGAGAUGUCUCUGGGGGAUGCCGAGCAGGAGGAGGAUGGAGACCGCGGGCUGCGGGACCUGCUGGCGCGGGGGGACGCGGGCAGCGCCGAGGACGAUGAUGGUGACGAUGAUGAUGCGGAGGGGGCCGGCGCCUUCCCUGCCGAGCUGCCCCCGCUGCCGCCCCGCGCGGCGCUGAGCGCGGCCGAGAUCGCGCGGUACAGCCGGCAGCUGCUGCUGCCCGAGCUCGGCGUGCGCGGCCAGCUGCGCCUGGCGCGGAGCGCCGUGCUCGUGGUGGGCUGCGGCGGGCUCGGCUGUCCCCUGGCGCAGUACCUGGCCGCGGCGGGCGUGGGCCGCCUGGGGCUGCUGGACCACGACGUGGUGGAGACCAGCAACCUGCACCGGCAGGUGCUGCACGGGGAGGCGCGGCGGGGCCGGCCCAAGGCGGCCUCGGCGGCCGCGGCGCUGCGGCGGCUGAACUCGGCGGUGCAGUAUGUGCCCUACUGCGGGGCGCUGAGCCCGCGCUCCGCGCUGCGCCUCGUGCGACAGUACGACAUUGUCGCCGACUGCUCCGACAACGCGCCCACGCGGUACCUGGUGAACGACGCGUGUGUGCUGGCGGGGAAACCGCUGGUGUCCGGCAGCGCCCUGCGCCUCGAGGGGCAGCUCGUCGUGUACAACUACCGCGGGGGGCCCUGCUACCGGUGCCUGUUCCCCGAGCCGCCCCCGCCCCACACCGUGACCAGCUGCGCCGACGGGGGCGUGCUGGGGGUCGUGCCCGGCAUCAUCGGCUGCAUCCAGGCCCUGGAAGUGCUCAAGAUCGCCUCGGGAAUGGGCUCCUCCUUCAACCAGUUCAUGCUCGUGUUCGACGCCCUCGAAGGGAGGUUUCGCAACAUCAAGCUGAGACCAAAGAAACCGGACUGUGCCGUGUGCGGGGACAGCCCCACCGUCACCUGCCUGCAGGAUUACGAGGCGUUCUGUGGGUCUUCUGCCACCGACAAGUGUAGGACUCUGCAUCUGCUGCCCAGCGAGGACAGGAUCUCGGUAGAGCAGUACAAGAAGGUGCUGGAUGACCAAGUCCCUCACGUGCUGCUGGACGUCCGGCCGCGGGUGGAGGUGGAUAUCUGCCGCCUGGAACACGCCGUCCACAUCCCGCUGAGCAAACUGGAAGAGAAGGAUGAAGAGCAGCUGGAGUACUUAGAAAAAAGAAUUCGCGAAGAAAAGCAGAGGACUAAUGACCAAGCAUCUCUUCCUGUGUAUGUUGUUUGCAAAUUGGGAAAUGAUUCCCAGAAGGCUGUAAAAAUCCUGCAGGAGCUACCUGCCAAAGAAUCUGGUUCUCUGUUAGCAAAGGAUAUUAAAGGGGGGCUCAUGGCUUGGGCCACUAAAAUUGAUCCAACAUUCCCUCAGUAUUAGAAAUUUAUGGGGAAAAAAACCACAUGUUUUCCUAGUAGGUUCCAUAGGUUUUCAUCUUCUCUGUCUAAUGACUAUAUUUCAUGUUAAAAACAGAAAUACCAUGUUGCUUAUGUUAAUUUUUUUUCCAAAAACACUAUGUAUUUUUCUAGGUGUCUGAUUAUUUUUAUAGAGAUGUGAAUCUGUCCAUGGGAAUGGAAGAGAAAUGUGUUUCUUGGUUAUGAUUUAAUAGUAAAGACUUGGUAUAACCACUGAAUUGUGCAUGUAAUGAUUGAGAAUGGCUCCUAAUUACUAAUUGUAACCUGAAAAUGACAAAGCUUAGGGAUCAUGUUUUUACUCAGUCUCCAAAAUCCUUUAGAGAUGGAAACAGUGCAUGAAGCAAUUUAAAAAAAAUAACUGUUAAUCUCUAGCUGAUCUGUAGCAGUACUAAUCUGUCACAGGGAAUUGCCAAGGCAGCACUGAUGAGACCAUUGUGGUCAACAUCUUUUAGUUCUCUGUAGGAAACUUGUGUAUUUAUGGCAGAGAACAGAAGAACUUCCAGAGCCAGCCAUCCCCACUUGUGGGCCGCCAAAAAAGUGGAUUCUCCAAUUUGAAUAGAGAAACUGAGAUUGACUGUUAAUAAGAUGUAAGUCUGACCCCAGAAAGUUUGUAAAACAGAUGGAAAAUGCUUUUGUCAGUGCUUAGAUUUCAGAGGUUGAGAGAUAAGGGGUGGGAGGGGAGAAGAAAAUAUACAUAUUUAUCCUCCCUCCUGCAAGGACAAAGACCUGUUUCUUAAGUUUUCUCUCUGUUUGGCAAUUGUAUGUCCGUGUUUAUUUUAUUGGCUUGCUGGCAUGGAGAGCUCUGCACAUCUGAGAAGUAUUUGUAGUUGAACUGAAUGAAAAGAAAGAGAAAUAAAUAGCUUCUCAACAGAGCUGCUUGAGGCCUCAUCACUUCAGCAUAGUAAUUAUCUCCUUAUAUUAAUUAAGGUAUGGAUUUCUUUACUUCCCAAGGAGGAAAAAAACACCUGUCACGACUUAAUCUUCACAUCGUACUGGGGGAGAAAAAAAGAAAAAGAAUAGUGCCAUUAUAAUUAGUAGUUGAAAAGGUAUAUUUUAGUAAAGUAAAUUUGAGAACAGCCACACUCCUGCUUUAUUAUAAGAUGCCAUGGUUCUGGCAAUGAUAGUCUUGGAUGUGAGUUUAUGAACAAAGUUGUAUCUCACAGUUUAGAGGACAAUGAAAGUGUGGGAGGACAUGACUUAUAAACUAAGUUUUAGUGUUUGUGGAUGUGCUUUUCAGGUGGACAGUGGAGGCUCAGCUCAGUCAGAGUGUUUAGGUCCUGGUAGGUUCCUCUUGUGGGAUUUGGAAACCAGAGGGACUUGUUCGAAAUGCCUGACCUGUGUUUUCAUUUUUCUGCCUUUGCUGUGAUGUCAGGGAGAGACUGGCACACUAAAGGCAGCAGUAGCAGUAAUUCUGAACCACCCACAGCAGGGAGUGUGUCACACCCCCAUCUGCCCUGAAAAAGGGACUCCUUCCCAGUCAUUCCAGCAAGGAGACUCCAAGGACCGGGAGAGAAGGGAAAGACUUGGAUUCUAAAUCUGAAUAUUUUCCUUUGUUACGACUUGUUUUGCCUGUGUGUUGUCCUGAAAUGUUCUCUGCUGGUGUUCUCAUCCCUUCCCAGGACUCAUUAAACUGUCGAUGAAGCAGGA